GUAUGCACUUACGAGCGAACAGAAGAUUUAAAAGCAUUUGAGAGAAGGCUCACAGAAGUUGUGUCUAGUCUACAGCCUGCAACAGGAAGGUGGAGAAUCAUGUUAAUUAUUGUGUCAGUCUGCACGGCAACAGCAGCAUGGCAAUGGCUAUUGGACCAUGAAACAGCAAAGGUGGCAUUUACUCAGUCAUUAUGGAAUCACCCAUAUUUUGUCCUUAGUACCAUCAUACUUUGUCUUCUCUUCAUGGGAGGAAUACAUAAAAGAGUUGUAGCACCAUCUAUUAUUGUAGCGAGAGUUCGACAAGUGUUACAAGAUUUUAACAUGUCCUGUGAUGAUACUGGUAAACUAAUAUUGAAGCCUCGACCAACAUCUUAAUGAGAAUUGGCUGGGGAAAAACUAUAACCACUAGUCCAUGUCUUACAAGUAUAGAAAAGUUAAGCUAAGGAGCACACGUGUCUAAUAAGUUUUGUUUUGUGUAUGAUUGUAUUGUAUACUUUGUCAAAGGUUCAAAAGUUUCCAAACAGUUUUUGCUGCCACUUUCUAUCACUACCGCUUACUUCUCCCCACCAAAUGUUACCCCUUCUUUUUAUAAUUUAUAGUGUUGCAAUGAACACGAAAAGAAUCAAGAAUUUAUUGGGUUAAUUACUUUAUGUAAAUUUUAUUUCCUUAUGUCAUGCCCUUGACCAGUAGGCCUAGGUCACAUGGAUAUAAUUGUUACAUGUCUGCCUCCAUAUAAUCAGUGCAGACAGUACAUAUUCAUUGCCUAGCAUGUAAUUAUUGUGUAUAAAUGUUGAUGAUAAGAAGCGACCUCCACAUGAUUGCAUAUAAAUUAUUGCAUGGAUUUAGGCGUGUACCCUGAAGAAUCGUUUUGGUGAACCAUGAUGGCCAUGAGUGGAGGAUUGUCACCAGGCCUCAAGUUCACCAUAGUAAAUGGUAAAUGUUCAGAAGAGCUCAAAUUUGUGCUCCAGCAACCAGCAGUUCUUCACCAGUUAGUUAGAAUAGCUGGAUCUAAGCAUGCGCACUCACAAUUAAAUUUCACACCACAUAUUAUCAGGAGUGGAUAAUAGAGGUCUCUAUUAUCCACUCCUAGGCAAUAUAGAUAAUAGUCCUGGGCAACAAUAGUAAUGGGUCGCUGUGGUAGUGGGGGUACCAACAUGGUUAAGGUCAAAACACACUGCUGCGACAAACGGCCUACUGUAACGUUCAUAGUCAACAUUUCAGAGACUGACACAGCCACACUGCAGGCAUUAAUGACUGGUAGUAGGUCAAAGUUCGUCUUAUUUCUUACUAUACGGUGGCGGACAUUGGAUCGAGUCUGUAAACUCACUUGAGAUUGUUGAAUGUUGCAUUGGCAUUCUAUUAAUUUUGAGGUUCUGUGCUAAGGAUAGGCAAAUAUGCUCUCAGCUGGGCAGUCUUGCACAAUAAAUGAUUGGAUGCCCCGGAUCAUGUAACACCAAAUUUCACUAAACAACAAAAAUUGUCUGUUUGACAGAAGCUAUUGCAAUCCGAAGACAGUUGAGCAGCCUAAUUUUUGUUAUGAAUUUUUUUUCGUCACGUAAUGAUGGAAGCAUUUUAUAUAGCUGUAUAUCUUUCUCAUCACAAAGCAUCUAGCAUCAUUGUUUGUUCAGAGACGACCCACGUUCCAAUAACACCUCGGCGUCAGCAUAUGAUGGUACAAUUAUUAUAGUCAGCAUAUGGUUAUCGCCGGAAGUCAUGCGCAUGUGCAACAGCUUAUUCGAAACUAUAGUUUCUGAUUUUAUAAAUUGUAAAACAUUACGGUUGGUUGUUGUCGUCACAGUGUCUUGACCUCUAGGCAGCAUUCUUUCGCUCCACAGAAUGCAAUGUAUAAAUUAUGACGAAUGUUACAUAUGAAUACACGGUGGGAGUAAAUUGUAUAUAACUAUAAGUAUAUCCAUGUAAUUAUCAGUGUCUUUAGAAUUGUGAGAUACUGCAAAAUAUAGUUUAUGAAUGCCAAUGUGUAAAAAGUGCAUAUUCCGAGGCUAUAAGUAUAAUGUAGAAUGUCACCCUAUUGGCUCGUAAAGACACAGUGAUGUAUGUUUACCCAUGAUGACUGUGAUAGCAAGCUUUAUCAUGCCAAAAACUCCAUCCUGUUCAUAUUGACACAUUCACUGUGCAAUGAACUUCAAAAAAUUAUGGUAACUACGGAUUUCUCAUCAUUCACAUGAAUUAUUUUUAUCAAAAACUUGAUAUAUUGCAUGGUCAUUCUUUUUCUUAAAAAAAAUUUAUUUAUGCUGCAUUUUAACAUGAUAAUAUUAGAUUAACUUAUUUGAUUUUGUGGACAUUUAUGAAGUAAUAAGGUUAGAAAAGGACUGAACAUUCCCUAGCUCUCACCGAGAAUAACAAUUAAGUUUUUUGUGUGUGAUACUGGAAUUGAUUAUAUUAAUGGUGACCUACCUUGAUAUUAGAGAUUUAGAUGUUGAACAACAGCAUUCUUAUGUUCUCUCACACAUGCUAGCCUCACUAUUUUCACAGGCAUUAAACUUUACUGGUAUAUUCGUUAAUUUUGUUCAAAAAAAACAUUGUAAAAAGUACCACCUAUCAGUAUUUACCUACUGCUUCAUAUAAUUGAGGAAUAAAAUCUUUGUAAGAAAUGUAGGAAAUUGCACAAUUUUGCACCAUUUCUAGAUUUUCCUUGUGGGGGGGGGGCAUGAGGACAACUCUCUGGACCUAGCAUGGGCGACUGUGUUGUACCCCCUCUAAUGCCUCCCUACUGCUUUUUGUCGGAAAGUGGUUGGCAGCUGUCUCGUAAGUCUAAAAUAUUUGAAAAAUCAAACAAAAAAUUAAAGAAAAUGGAAAUAAUUUUGGAUAUGUGUGACUAGCAGUGAUUUAAAAAAUAUAUCCAAUUUGAAAACAGCUGAAAGUCUAUGCAGUUUUUUAAAAUCCUGUUACUUUUGUGGAUUCUACCAAAGAAUUUCUGAGGUCUACAUGUGGCUAUGGAUUCUGCUUUUGCACACGUCUGCAUUUCAAUUAUAAAAUGAUGGUAAAUAAACACACAUUGUAUUUACUACCAAA